CCUUCUCGGGAAUUCCUUGUUUUGUUGGUGUCUCAGAUUAUCUUGGAUCAUGGGUCGAGUUAAGCUCCAGAUAAAGAGGAUAGAGAACAACACCAAUCGCCAGGUGACCUUCUCCAAGCGUCGAAAUGGCCUCAUCAAGAAGGCCUACGAGCUGUCCGUCCUGUGCGACAUCGACAUCGCUCUCAUCAUGUUCUCCCCCUCCGGACGCCUCAGCCAUUUCUCCGGACGAAGAAGGAUCGAAGACGUACUUGCUAGAUACGUGAAUCUCCCAGAGAACGAUAGGGGAGGGGUGGUCCAGAAUCGAGAGUUCGUGAUUAACACAUUGAAAAAGCUCAAGUGCGAGAACGACACGGCUGCCCUCGUCAAUCCUGGGGUGGUCAACUCCAACGCAGAGGAGCUUCAACAGGAGAUUUGUCGGUAUCAACAACAGCUACAGCUUAUGGAGCAACGCUUAAGGUUUUUUGAACCUGAUCCUCUUAGCUUCACAUCCAUCACUGAUCUCGAGUCAUGCGAGAAGUUCGUCAUGGAAGCAUUGCAGCGUGUUACGGCAAGAAAGGAAUAUUUGCUGAGUAAUCAUCUGUCCCCGUAUGAUCCCUCAACUACAAGCAUGCAGAUGUACCUGCAGCCGCAGCAGGAACGACUGCCCGACCCAUACGGGAACGAGAUGGUGCAGUGGGUCCCGGAGGGAGCGUCGAACCCCAGCCACCAGAUCUUCGUUGGGUCCGAUCCUUUGAUGGACCUCAGGGAACACGCGAUCUACGACUCGAUCGCGCCGCAGAGCAUGGGCCUGCAGCUGGACCCCGGCGCGGCUGGAUGCCACGUCGGCAACCAGCACGAUACAUCAUGGCACCAGGGGUACACCUCCACGGAGUUCCUGUCCGCCCUCAUUCCCUCACCGCCCUACCCGCUGAUUCAGCACCCGAUGGGGCCGGCGGAUUUGCCGACGAUGGUGCCGCACGAGCAGGUGCAGGGGAUGGCCGGCUGCCCGAGCGUGCCCGUGGACGACGGAGGCGCAGCUACCAACACGUACGACGGCAAUGCUGCUCCGGCGAACGUGCGUUGACGUCAGUUUCCAAGCAGAAUGAGAACUCCAACAUUGGCUCGCAUUUCAUUAACAUAUACAACCACUGUGCCUACAGAUAUACGAUUGGUGCGUGAGACAGGUAACCAAGGAACU